AUGGACAGGAGUGGCUUUGGAGAGAUGUCAUCUCCUGUGAUCCGGGAGGCAGAGGUGACUCGGACUGCGCGCAAGCAGAGUGCCCAAAAAAGAGCUUUGAUUCGGGCAUCCCAAGAUGAAAUUUUUCCUAAUACCACUCCAAGAAACCAGGUUAUGCCCCGAACUCCCAGCUCAUUUCGACAACCUUUUACUCCACCAAGCCGGAGCCUACUGAGGCAGCCAGAUGUAUCCUGCAUUCUUGGAACUGGAGGGAAGUCUCCCCGGCUUACACAGUCUUCAGGGUUCUUGGGAAAUCUGUCUAUGGUGACUAACCUGGAUGACAGUAACUGGGCCACUGCUUUCUCAUCACAGCGUGCUGGGCUGUUCACAAACGCAGAGCCCCACAGUGUAACAGAGGAUGUGACCCUCAGUGCUGUUAUGUUACAUGAGGAUGAUCCUGGAGAAGCUGCAUCCAUGAGUAUGUUUUCUGAUUUCCUGCAGUCUUUUUUGAAGCACUCUUCAACUACUGUUUUUGACCUUGUAGAAGAGUAUGAGAACAUCUGUAGUAGUCAGGUAAAUAUACUGAAUAAAAUAGUGAGCCGAGCAACACCUGGACUUCAGAAGUUUUCAAAAACAGCCAGCAUGCUCUGGCUUCUUCAACAGGAGAUGGUCACAUGGAGGCUGCUGGCUUCUUUGUAUAGAGACCGAAUACAGUCUGCAUUAGAAGAUGAAAGUAUGUUUGCAAUUACUGCUCUUAAUGCCAGUGAAAAAGCAGUUGUGGAAGCAUUGUUUCAGAGAGAUUCACUUGUCCGACAAAGUCAGCUGGUGGUAGAUUGGUUAGAAAGCAUUGCCAAAGAUGAAAUUGGAGAUUUUUCCGAUAAUAUUGAAUUUUAUGCAAAAUCGGUGUAUUGGGAAAAUACUCUGCAUACCUUGAAACAGCGGCAACUAUCUUCUUAUAUAGGAAGUGUCCGUCCUCUUGUUACUGAAUUGGACCCUGAUGCUCCUAUAAGACAGAAGAUGCCACUUGAUGAUCUGGAUAGAGAAGAUGAAGUCAGAUUACUCAAAUAUCUUUUCACUCUGAUUCGUGCUGGGAUGACAGAAGAGGCACAGCGACUCUGCAAACGCUGUGGGCAGGCGUGGAGAGCUGCAACACUUGAAGGCUGGAAACUCUAUCAUGACCCCAAUGUUAAUGGAGGAACAGAAUUAGAACCUGUUGAAGGGAAUCCAUAUAGAUGCAUUUGGAAAAUAAGUUGUUGGAGAAUGGCAGAAGAUGAGCUCUUUAAUAGACAUGAGAGAGCAAUGUACGCAGCUCUAAGUGGGAAUCUCAAGCAGCUGCUUCCUGUCUGUGAUACUUGGGAGGACACAGUGUGGGCCUACUUUAGGGUGAUGGUGGACAGUCUGGUUGAACAGGAGAUCAGGACAUCAGUAAUGACUCUGGAUGAAACUGAAGAACUCCCUAGAGAGUAUUUGGAAGCAAAUUGGACCUUAGAAAAGGUUUUUGAAGAACUUCAAGCUACUGAUAAAAAGAGAGUUCUAGAAGAGAAUCAAGAACAUUAUCAUGUAGUUCAAAAAUUCCUUAUCCUGGGAGACAUUGAUGGUUUGAUGGAUGAAUUUAGCAAAUGGCUUUCUAAAAGCAGGAACAGUCUACCUGGACACCUCCUCCGCUUCAUGACUCACCUCAUUUUGUUUUUCCGCACUCUGGGACUACAGACCAAAGAAGAAAUUUCCAUUGACGUUUUAAAGACAUAUAUACAGCUUUUAAUAAAUGAGAAACAUACAAAUCUCAUAGCAUUUUAUACCUGUCAUUUGCCUCAAGACCUUGCUGUUGCCCAGUAUGCAUUAUUUUUGGAAGGUGUUACAGAGUUUGAACAGCGCCACCAUUGCCUGGAGCUGGCCAAAGAGGCAGAUUUGGAUAUUGCAGCUAUAACAAAAACUGUAGUUGAGAAUAUUCGAAAGAAAGAUGAUGGUGAAUUCAGUCAUCAUGACCUGUCCCCAGCGCUGGAUAUGGGUACUACUGAGGAAGACCGAUUAAAAAUUGAUGUAAUUGACUGGUUGGUGUUCGACCCAGCACAGAGAGCAGAAGCACUAAAGCAAGGCAAUGCGAUAAUGAGGAAAUUCUUGGCCUCAAAAAAGCACGAAGCUGCAAAAGAAGUAUUUGUGAAAAUUCCUCAGGAUUCAAUAGCAGAAAUCUAUAACCAGUGGGAGGAGCAAGGAAUGGACAGCCCACUUCCUGCUGAAGAUGAUAAUGCUAUCCGAGAACAUUUGUGCAUCAGAGCUUACUUGGAAGCCCAUGAAACCUUUAAUGAGUGGUUUAAGCAUAUGAAUUCAGCUCCACAAAAACCUACCUUGACAACUCAAGCAACUUUUACUGAGAAAGUGGCCCAUGAACACAAAGAAAAGAAAUAUGAAAUGGAUUAUGGUAUUUGGAAAGGGCAUUUGGAUGCCCUAACUGCUGAUGUGAAGGAAAAAAUGUACAAUGUCUUGUUGUUUGUUGAUGGAGGGUGGAUGGUGGAUGUUAGAGAGGAUGCUGAGGAAGACCAUGAAAGAACACAUCAAAUGGUUCUACUGAGAAAGCUUUGUCUGCCGAUGUUGUGUUUUCUGCUUCACACCAUAUUGCAUAGUACUGGUCAGUAUCAGGAAUGCCUGCAGUUAGCAGAUAUGGUGUCCUCUGAGCGCCACAAACUGUAUCUGGUCUUUUCCAAGGAAGAAUUAAGGAAAUUGCUACAGAAGUUAAGGGAAUCCUCUCUGAUGCUCCUCGACCAGGGCCUUGAUCCAUUAGGGUACGAAAUUCAGUCAUAA